AUUAUUAUAAUAGUGCAUGUCAUUGGCCUGAUAUAAAGGUGCUACUAAUUGUAGUACGACAAAAACUAUAGUAAAAAUUUCAUAGUUUUUACUAAAAGCAUACCUAAUAUUUAAGGAAUAUGCUCAGGUCGUAUUGUACAGUGUUGGUAUCUAAAACCUUCCGCGACAAAGUCCUUUAUCGGUAAUAGUAUAGCCAUCUGUUCGUAUCGGUCUCACUGUGGAAAUGGUAUAUAAAUCUUUGUAAAAAUUUCCAUGUCACGUAAAGCUUGAAGAUGUACAAGCAUACAAUUACUGGUACAUGUAGAAAAAGACGAGCGGCAUCCAUUAUAUAAAUCAAGUGCUUCAUGCAUCAGUUAUUCAAGCACUACCAUUAGAGAGGAGAUCUAGCUAUAUAGCUAGUGCUCGCAAGAAAAAAGAUGGCUAUAACAGGAAAGAUAUCACGUGAAGUUGAAAUCAAAUGUCAUCGUCACCAGAUCUUUGAACUCUUGAAGCACAAGCCACACCACAUAUCAGUCGUCGACCCUGAGAGGAUUGAAGCUUGCCAUUUAGUUUCUGGUGAAUGGGGUGUUCCUGGAGCUGUCGUUCUGUGGCACUACUACCAUGAUGGAAAAAAGGAAACUGCUAAGGAAAUCAUUGAAGAAAUUGAUGAUGAAUUACACAAAAUUGUGUUCAAAGUUAUUGAAGGAGAUAUCUUGGAAGUGUAUAAUUCCAUGAGUGUCAUCUUUAUGACCAAGGAUGUGGGCGAUAAGAAAUUUGUUAUCUGGACUAUAGAGUUCGAGAAGGCGAAUGAAAGUAUACCUGAUCCAACAUCGUAUCUUGACGUGGUUUGUGGAAUGGCUGGAAAUAUGAAUGCUCAUUUUCUCAAGUAACCAUGAUGUGGCCGAUAUAUUCACUAAAUAAAUGUCCCUGACAUUAUCAGCUCCAACAGCGACUUGCUUGGUGUUAUGGUGAUCAAGGGAAGUGAUUGUCCAAUAAAUAAAUGUCAGCUGGUGUAUUUAUAAAUAUUGAUGGUUGUGAAGAUAUGCAUUUGUAUUGUAUACUAGCAUGGUGUUAUGGUGUGUUUCAGUGACAUAUGUGAGAAUUGUUUCACCUUUUGCUUGAUUUUUGAAACUAAAACUCACUUUUGAUAGUCACGUUUGGUGUUUAGGCUUUUCUAUAAGCUUAAGACUUAGGAAUGGUUUAAGUAAUCUGUAAAACAAUGAAAUGAUUUAAGACUUUUAUUUUGCUUUUUAAAGUUUUGAUCAGCAAG